AGUCGUGGCGAACCUCAUUUGCAUUCCGUUGACUUCGUUACCUUUCCUUCUGUCGUAUUUUUGUCUUCGGUUAUUUUUCGUGACAUUGUAAUUUAUAUGAUUAUCUGUAAAUAAUAUUUCUUAAAAUAUAUCGGUAUUUUAUUUUAGUUAAUUGGCAUUGUACAUUUAUUAUAAUUUUUAUGAACAAAUAAUAUAAUGAUAAGUAUUUGCCACAUUGAAGUGUUUUUGAAUCAUUUAAUUCAAAUUUAUAUAAUUGUUCGUUAAAGACAGAAUUUGCAGAAUUGGCAACACUUUAAUAUUUCAAUCACAUAAGAAGAAUGUUAAGUGAAUCAGAUAAGAGAAAUGAAAUCACAAAAAAAGUGGCUAUCAUUCGUGAAGUCUAUGAUGGUGAGAAUGCCCAUGAAAAUUUUGAAUACGAGUUGGAAAAAGCAUUAGAAUCUGAAUGUCAGUUGAUAGUCAUAGAACCAUCUAAAUUGGGUGAUGAAACUUCUCGAUGGAUUUCAGUAGGAAAUUGCCUUCACAAAACGUCAGCACUAUCAGGAAUUUUAUCAAUUAUAACAGGAUUCAUAUGGAAUGAUCGACCAUAUGUAUGUUGUUCCUUUGGAUUCUCUGCUGCUGUAGCAUGCGGUUUAUACACUGUUUCAUGGCAAUUUGACCCUUGCUGUCAGUAUCAAGUGGAAACAGAUACAAGUAAAUUACCUCAUGUUGAGGUCUUAGCCGUUUUGGGUCCUUCUUCGCCAACUUUUCUUGUACGAAAAGAUGAUACAAGACGAAGAAUUUUACAUACUACUAUUACUGCUCUAGCAAUGAGUAUCAGUUUUUGGAGGAUAUACCAAACUAUCAAUUGACAAUUCAAUUUAAAUGUAAAGAUUUUUAAUACUUAUUUCAACAAAUAGUAAAAAAUUUCAUGAAAAAACUUGAAAUUCAACAAAGUGAAUGACUAGUUUCAUAGAAUUAAUGUACAGUUUUUUUUAUGUCCACUUAUGUAAGCUUAAAAUUUAAAAAUGCUUCAUCAAAAGCAAAUAAUACCUAAUGUUACCUAUUACUAUGAGUUAUGAUCGUUUCGAAAAUAUCAAUUUAACUCAUAAAAAGUUAAAAAUGACUACAAUUAUUUUAGCAGUAAGAUUCUUUUUCUUUUUUUUUAAUAUUAUUGAAACUUACCGGAACUCUGUAAGACAAGCCUAUUGAGCGAGUUUUUUUUAGUUUUUUGAUGUGGCGGUCAGAUCGAAAAAAAUUUCCUAAGUGUCAAAUAUAAAGUAGAGAAUGGAAAUUUUGAGGGAUAAAUAGCUAACAUCCGUAUGAUUGUAGUCGUCAGUUAAAUAAAUCAUUUAAAAUUAU